CCUUCAUUUCGUUAUCUUCUUGUAUUGUUAUAACCCUAGCUCGGAAGGAGAAGAAGAAGAAGAAGAACUAGCAUUUUUCUUCGUCCUUUGUCUGCGUCUCACUCAUCCUCUCUCUCUUUCUCUCUUUCUUUCUAUAUCUUUUUCUCUUCUCUCCAAACCCUAAUCUCUCGAUUUCAAUUCUCACGGUCUUCGCCCACAGCCAGAUCUCUAACUGCCACUCUCUUUUCAGCGAUUAAAUAACAAAAUUUGGCUAAAUUUCAUUUUCAUAUCCUAAGCAACUACUAACGUUUUCCGCUGAUUUUAACAUUCCAGAGAGAACUUAGUUUCUUCCGUUGCUAUUUUUUUUUUUUUAAUUUUUUGUUUUGAUUAAGUUACUAUUCUGAUUUAAAUCGACAAACGGAGUCUGAAUUUGGAGCGCGUGAGGAAAAUUACAGGUGUUAAGGAAAUCGCGUGUUGCGUUGUUGAGGAGUGUUUGAUCCGAGAAAGAAACAAUGGUGGGAGGUGGAAGCCGGAGGGAUGAAGGGUCGUUGGUGUUGAACAACACAAACGUGUUUGCGGCGCUGGAUACUCUGAAGAAGAAGAAGAAGUCGGAUAAGGAGAAGACGAAGAGCAAGGGCUCGUCGACCAAAUCGCAGGGCCAGUCCACCAAAACGGAAGCCCAGGUGUUUUGGGCCCCUGCGCCCUUGAACGCCAAAUCUUGGGCCGAUGUCGAUGACGACGACGAUUACUAUGCCACCACAGCGCCGCCCCAAUCGGGGUGGGGCAUUUCUGAAACUCAUCACAGCAAGGAUGAUAAACACGGGAAUUUUGAGGAUAGUGAGAGUGAGGAAGAUAUUUUGGAUGAAGGGGAUGAUGAGGUGGAGGAAGAGCAUGAUCAUGAACAAGAAGAAUCGGUGAAAUCUGAACCUGAAACUAAGAAGGACGCCGAAGCUUCUGUGCCUCCACCAAAGGAGGCAGAAAGACAGCUCUCUAAAAAGGAAAGGAAGAAGAAGGAACUUGCAGAGCUUGAGGCUCUUCUAGCUGAUUUUGGAGUAGCACCAAAGCAAAGUAAUGACGGUCAAGAUGAGUCACAAGGUGGUCCUCAGGAUAAGAAAGGUGUUGAGAUUGAUGGAGAUGGAGAAAAGAAGGAAAAUACCAAUGUAGAGUCCAAAACUUCCAAGAAGAAGAAGAAGAAGGAUAAAUCUUCCAAGGAAGUGAAAGAAUCUCAAGAUCAUCCCAACAGUUCAGACACAAACAAUGGGCCUGAUUUGACCACGGGCACUGAUAAUGUGGAUGAGGAUACAUCUACCGUCGAUGUGAAAGAGCGUCUUAAGAAAGUUGCUUCUGCAAAGAAGAAGAAAUCUAGUAAAGAAAUGGAUGGUGCUGCACGAGCUGCUGCUCAGGAGGCUGCUGCAAGGAGUGCAAGGCUUGCUGCUGCUAAGAAAAAAGAAAAGAACCAUUAUAACCAACAGCCUGUGCGGUAAAAGAACCCUGCUCCUUAACAUCAAUACAGGAAUUUGUAUUUCUUGUUCAUAUGAUGAUGCCGAAUAAACUGUGGGCUCUAGGCUCUGGUGAGAGUGGACCUGGGAAAUUUUCAUCUAGUUUUUUCUUUUGGGGGGAAAUUAGUGUUGUUCAGUUGUUCUGGACUUG